AUGGGGGGAGUUAAAUCCCUCUCAUUUCAAGUUUAUACUUUACUAAAUUCAUCUUUGAUUAAGGAUGAUGGUAUAGUUACACAAGUAUCAUAUGGAUUUAUUAAGCCAUCGAUAGAUAAUUUCACCUUUAUCAGCCAUCAAACUUUGGUUACAUUAGAUGGUCAUUAUGCAAUUGUCUAUUUGGUUCUUAAUUCUAACAAAUAUGUCUCAAAUUUAUAUUUAAGUUUAAAUGCUACCGAAAGUAUUAAAUAUUCAAUUUACGUACAUUUUAUAAAUGAUGACCAAGAUCAAAUUUCUGAAGAACAUUUACUUUUUCAAGAUUCUACUGAUAAUGCAAUAACUGAUGUUUCAUUAACUGAGUGUAACAGUGGUUUUGAUACAUUUAACAUUCAAAGUAAUGGAUGCACUUUUGAUUAUUUCUUAAUAAGCGAUUCUCCGAUAACGCUUAAAACGGCAACUUCAUUUAUAACUUUUUCGUCAUCUGGAGCAGUAAUUCAACGUGAUGUCAUUUCGAGUAUUGAUCUUUUAGAGACUCUAACGGCUACUAUACAACAUAUUUCGGUCAUACCAUUACCGUAUGGAGGCUUCUUCUCAAUUAAUUAUAUAAUGUUGGAUGAUACUUAUUCUUACCAAUUACAAACUAUUUGA